CUCCCGCGCGCCAGGGAAUGGAGGCGGAGCUUUCCGCCGGCGGUGGGCGGGGCUAGCACGGGGACUUCCCCUGGGCUGAGCUGCGCAGCGGGGUUUUGGCCAAAUUGGGCGAGGGCACAAAAUAACCACUUACCCCUUCUCACCGAGGACGAACGGGAGAAAGGAGAGAGAGAAAGCACAAGCAGGGGGAGCGGCAGAGGGAGAGGGAGAAGCAGACUCCCUGCUGAGCAGGUAUCCCUUUGCUGGGCUCAGUCCCAGCGCUCUGGGAUCAUGACCUGAGCCGAAGGUGAACACUUAAUUGACUGAGCCAUCCAGGUAUGGCACAGUCACAAGGCUGGGUGAGAAGAUAUGCCAAAGCCUUCUGUAAGGGCUUUUUUGUGGCGGUGCCCGUGGCAGUGACUUUCCUGGACCGGGUGGCCUGUGUGGCCAGAGUGGAGGGAGCAUCAAUGCAGCCUUCUUUGAAUCCUGGGGGGAGCCAAUCAUCUGAUGUGGUGCUUUUGAACCACUGGAAAGUGAGGAAUUUUGAAGUACAACGUGGUGACAUUGUGUCAUUGGUGUCCCCUAAAAACCCAGAACAGAAGAUCAUUAAAAGAGUGAUUGCUCUUGAAGGAGAUAUUGUAAAAACCAUCGGACAUAAAAAUCGGUAUGUCAAAGUUCCCCGGGGUCACAUCUGGGUUGAAGGUGAUCAUCACGGACACAGUUUUGACAGUAAUUCUUUUGGGCCGGUUUCCCUCGGACUUCUACAUGCCCAUGCUACACAUAUCCUGUGGCCUCCAGAGCGCUGGCAGAAAUUGGAAUCUGUUCUUCCUCCAGAGCGCUUGCUAGUUCAGAGAGAAGAGGAAUAAUGGCAUGAAACUCCCUCAGCUGCUGGCAUUGGCAGGCCAAAACCAUCCAUUACAGAAGGGAUGGAGAGGAGGAACCUUCAGAAGGGCAACGUUUGUUUCAAAUGAAAUGAUCUGCAUUAUUAAAGAAAAAGUGUUAAAAUAUUAUAUAGUAUUAAAUAGCAACUGAUUUUGUGUUUAAUUGUAAUACUCUAUUGCUCAAUGCCAAAAAAUACAGACCUUUGGGAAUAGGAAAACUUUAUUCCCAUGUCUUACAGGGAAAUUGUUAUGUGUACUUAGUCUUUCGAUUGUUGGGUUUUAAUUUUGGUGCUUGCUGCUGAGAGAAUAUGAAAAUUAAUAUUUGAUGAAAGUAAUUCAGUAAUGUCAUUUACUCUUUAGAACAUGAAGAAACAUACAGUGAUGGAAAUUAUAUUGUAAUUGACAGUAUGUACGAGGCAGUGACUGCUGGCUAAGAAGAACAGUAAACUGUGAUAUAAAAAUAAAACUGAUUUGCUCAGGUA